AUGUUCGGAAGAAAAGGAAUCAAAGCCGAACGGACGAGCAGUCCGAAGGCCGUAGAUUCGCUUCCCGAGGUGGCUCUGGCUGCGAUAGUGACCUACAAAAAGCAAAAAGAACUCGGCGACUUUAUGAGUUUCCUCCUCGGAGCGCUCGAGCGGAACUGCGAGUGGCUUAAUGUCGUCGUCGGCAAACAACCUAACUUCAGCUGCGCUCUGAUGGUCGGCGCCGGCCCCAAUAGGUUCCAAGUCCAGGAAACAAUUUACCCGACUAGCGACAAUGUUAAGUUGGAAAUCGAGCAACGAGACUCCGAGGAUUACGACAAAGUGGCAAUCGCUGCCAUUCUCAAAUUGACCAAUCUGGAAAUCGACAGUCUGUUGAAGUACAUCAAAACUCGCCUCCACGAGAAUCCUCUUUUGAAGGACGAUCUCAUCAAGGGCAAAGCGAUGGGCAUCAAUUUCGCCGUCCUACGACCGCUCAAUGACAAACAGUAUCGCGUGAUGGAUAGAAUUGUUGUCGGUAGUUCGCUGAAAUGUGUGUUGCCCUCUAAAAAGAGGAGGAGGGACGAGAAAUCGCUAGUUAGGGCCCCGUUGAAACGGUUCAAGUGCGAAAUAUCCUACCAGUAG